AUGCAGCUAUUCAGGAUCAAGUCCAGCGGCGAGAGCGGCCGCGGUGGCAUUCACCCAUGGCACUUCUUGCGCAUCUGCUUCCGCUCCUCCUGCAAGGCCAGCGCCGCCAUCAAUGUGCUGUGGCCCAUUGUUCCCGUCGCAUUGGCUGUUCGAUAUACCCUCCCCGAUGAUCACAUCCUCAUCUUCAUUCUCUCCUACAUUGCCAUGGCACCGUGUGCCAACCUCAUCGGAUUCGCUGGUCAGGAGUUUGCGCGUAAAGUCCCCCAUGUCUUCGGCGUGCUCAUUGAGACGACCAUCGGCUCCAUUGUCGAAAUCAUCCUCUUCAUGGUUCUGCUGCAAAAAGACCAAUUCCUCGUUAUCAAAGCCGCCAUCCUCGGUUCGAUUUUAGCCACCAUGCUGCUCUGCUUGGGCUUCUGCUUCUUUGUCGGAGGCAUCUAUCACGAAGAGCAAACCUUUAGCGACACCAUCAGUGAAGCUGGUAGUGGUCUGCUCCUCACAGCGGGCGUUGCGCUGGCUAUUCCCACCGUGUUCUCGCACGGCCUGCCGGACGACAGCACGCUGACUGCCGAGCAGAUUGCUCACAAGACACUGAGCAUCUCGCGAAUCGUCUCCAUCCUCCUCAUCAUCGCCUACUGCGUCUAUGUCUUCUUCCAGGCCCGAACCCACCAUGGUAUCUACCACGCCAUCUUUGAGAUGGAUGAGGAGCGCGACCGCGACGGCCAUAAGGACGCCGCCAAGGACAAGCUCACCAUGACCGAGUGCAUCGUCGCAUUGACCAUUGCCGUGACUCUCGUCACCUUGAUUGCCAUCACCCUCGUCUUGCAGAUCGAACACGUCAUCGAAAAGUCCAAGGUGUCCGAUGCCUUCAUGGGUCUUAUUCUGGUUCCCCUGGUCGAAAAGUUCGCCGAGCACAUCACGGCCAUUGACGAAGCCUGGGACAACCAGAUGAACUUUGCCCUGUCUCACGUCCUGGGAGCCACCCUUCAGACUGCCCUCUUCAACGCCCCGCUGGUCGUCGUCGUUGCUUGGGGCCAAAGCAAGCUCCUGGAUCUGGAGUUUGGCAUCUUCGACUUGGUCAUGCUCCUCCUAGCCAUCUUGACCGUUGGGCGCUUCUUGCAGGAUCAAAAGAGUAACUAUCUUGAGGGCUUCCUCUUGGUGACUCUCUACGUGGCAGUCGCGGUUUCUGCCUUUUACUAUCCGGACCCGCCGCAUGCUCAGGGUGCCUCUGCUGAGGGUGGUGAGGGUAACCAUGGAGGCGCUGUGCCUGGCGAAGGCGGUAACGAGAAAUUCCGCUUCUUCUAG